AGGUGCGCUGCCUCUCUUUGUGCGGACUGCGCCCAUCUUGUUGUUUAAAUCUCCCGCGGCGUACCCUAGCAACAAUUAGAGCGUUCCCCUCUUUUGACCAAUGAGAGCGCUGUGCGGCGGUGGGACAGGCACGGAGCGGCUGCGGGGUUAACACAAGGGUGGCAUCUGUCUCACACAACCAGGCAGCUCAACACGGAGCGCGUCUUUUACUUUCCAAUCCAGUUACGGGACGAUUUUGUAUUUUACCGGGACGGUGUAGUGGGCGACACCCCGGCCUGUGAGCAAAGAUGUCUCUCCUGAGGGGGAUCAAUCCAAACUUGAGGAACAUCAGGAACUCAGAGCUGGCACCCCUGGGGAUGCGAGCUUGGCAAAUCAAGGACGAGCUCAGACAGGGAGCCAGAAAGCCAUAUAAAGAACUGAUUGAUGUCUCCUCGGCUGACCCACACAGGGCAGGAGUGAAACCCUUGUCUUUUGUGCGGCAGGUACUCGCAGUGUGCUAUUACCCUCAGCUUGCCAAGAGUGACAAGCUGCCAGCGGAUGUCAGGCAGAGGGCUCAGAGGCUGCUUGGGACAUGUGCUGGAGGGAGUGCAGGUUCAUACUGUCCUGCUGGGGGUAUUCCAGAAAUAAUAGACAUUGUCUGCGAAUUCAUAUCACGACGAGAUGAUGGGGUUCCGUCUUACCCUGAAAAUAUUUUCAUCACCUCAGGUGCUCAGAGGGCAUUCGUGGAGAUUCUGAACAUCUUGGUGAACACUCUGCGCUCGCCCAUAACAGGGGUGUUAACUCCAUGUCCCUCCUACCCCCCUGGCAACAUGGCUGUGGUGAUGCUGGGAGGAGCCGUCGUGCCGUACUACCUAGAUGAGGAGCAAGGCUGGGAGCUGAAGAUAGAUGAGCUACACAGAGCACUGGAGUCUGCAAAGGGUGUCUGUGAUCCUACUGUUCUGUAUGUUAUCAACCCUGGAAACCCCACUGGUCAUGUUCAGAGCAGGAAAUCAAUAGAAGAGGUUAUUCGCUUUGCUUCAGAGAAGAGGCUCUUCCUGAUGGUUGAUGAGGUUUAUCAAGACAGUGUGUUUGAGCAGGAAAGUAGGUUUGUCUCUUAUAAAAAGGUUCUGGCAGAGAUGGGGCCUCCUCUUUCACAUACAGUGGAAAUGGCCUCCUUCCAUUCAGUAUCCAAAGGCUUCAUAGGAGAGUGUGGUCUGCGUGGUGGAUAUGUUGAGCUGGUGAAUGUGGACCCCUCUGUUAUGAGGAACCUCUAUACUCUGAUGUCCAGAGAUGCCUCAACUACAACUGGUCAGCUUGCCCUGGACCUCAUGAUCAAUCCCCCACAACCAGGAGAUCCCUCAUACCCCCUGUAUAAUGAGGAGACGCAAUACAUCCGAGCGACAUGGGUUCAAAAUGUGAAGAGAGUUCUUGAGGUUUUAAACAGCCUGCCGGGAAUCAGCUGCCAACCUGUGAAAGGAGGCGGCUAUGCUUUACCCCGACUGCAUCUUCCACCGGGAGCCAUUCAAAAAGCCAAGGAGGUAGGAAUGCUGCCAGAUUACUUCUACUGUAGCAGACUGCUGGAGGAGACUGAGCUGUGCGUCGGUGCGGGCAGUGAGAAUGGACAGAGGGAGAGCACUUACCAUAUCAGACUUUGCAUUACGACGUCUGUGGAUACUAUGGAGGAAGUACUGAGACGCCUGACCAGCUUCCACAUACAGUUUAUGAAAGAUUUCUCUUGA